UCAGUUAUUGAGUUUGGAAAUUUUGAAAUCCAGACGUGGUACUCCUCGCCUUAUCCACAGGAAUAUGCAAGAUUACCAAAGCUUUACCUGUGCGAGUUCUGUCUGAAGUACAUGAAGAGCAAGACUAUCCUACUGCGGCACCUAAAGAAGUGUGGCUGGUUCCACCCUCCUGCCAAUGAAAUUUACCGGAAAGAUAACUUAUCAGUGUUCGAGGUGGACGGUAACAUUAGUAAAAUCUACUGCCAAAAUUUGUGUUUGCUGGCAAAGCUGUUUCUGGAUCACAAAACAUUAUAUUAUGAUGUUGAGCCAUUCCUUUUCUAUGUUCUUACUAAAAAUGACAAGAAGGGCUGUCAUUUGGUUGGAUACUUCUCUAAGGAGAAACUUUGCCAGCAGAAGUACAAUGUGUCAUGUAUCAUGAUUUUGCCUCAGUAUCAGCGGCAGGGAUUUGGAAGGUUCCUCAUUGAUUUCAGUACUUACUUGCUUUCACGGUGUGAGGGGCAGACGGGCUCUCCAGAAAAGCCUCUGUCAGAUUUGGGCCGUUUAUCGUAUUUCUCAUACUGGAAAAGUGUUGUUAUAAACUAUCUGUCCACUCAUCAUGACAAGCAGAUCAGUGUGAAAGGGCUUAGUCGAGCUACAGGGAUGUGUCCUCAUGACAUUGCCACCACCUUGCAGCAUCUCAACAUGAUAGACAAGAGAGGAGACAGGUGA